UGACACAUUACCAACUCUUCAGUUAAGUGUGGGAAGAGAAAAAAAAGCCAAAGAUAAAAAGAAAUCACAUGUACAUAUACAUAUACAUAUACAUAUACAUAUACAUAUACACAUACAUAUACGUGGUGACACAAGUGAAUAGGUGCACUACACAAAAAUCACCAGCUAAUUCUCUAUUUUCUCUUCAUCUUCUUCUCUUUUUCUCUUUUUUUGUGCUACCAAUUCUUGAACCAAAAAAAAAUUAUAUAUGUACUCUAAGAAUUCACUGUACUUACCCAAUUAAACACUUCACUUUGUCUAGUUUAAAAAUGGUACUUGUAUUUUUCAUUGUAAUUUUAAGCCAUCUAGCAGAGAUCUCCCAAGGGGAACUAAGAGUUGGUUUUUAUAACAGUAGAUGCCCUACUGCUGAGACCAUUGUUAGUAAUGUUGUCCGUCAAGUUGCUGCCUCCAAUCAAAACAUUGCUCCUGUCUUGCUUAGGCUUCAUUUCCAUGACUGUUUUGUUCAGGGGUGUGAUGGAUCAAUUUUGAUAGAGAAUGGAGCAAAUGGAGAAAGACAUGCAUUUGGACAUCAAGGAGUUGGAGGUUUCGAAGUGAUAGAAAGAGCCAAAUCUGAAAUAGAAGCUGUUUGCCCUGGCAUUGUUUCUUGUGCUGACAUUGUUGCUUUGGCUGCUAGGGAUGCUGUUGUUUUGGCAAAUGGACCAUCAUAUGAGGUGGAAACAGGAAGAAGAGAUGGAAUGAUAUCGAAUUUGUCAUUAGCAGAUAACAUGCCGGAAGUGAGUGAGUCAAUUCAGAUACUCAAAGCGAAGUUCUCCCAGAAAGGCCUUUCUGAGAAAGACCUCGUUGUGCUCAGUGCUGCACAUACGAUAGGUACCACGGCAUGUUUCUUCAUGACAGAUAGGCUGUACAACUUUUCCCCUGGAGGAGGUUCUGAUCCAUCCAUACACCCCAGUUUCCUCCCUGUAUUGAUGGCAAGUUGUCCGCGGAACGGGGAUGUUAAUGCGCGAUUACCGAUGGAUAGGGGCAGCAGCGGGGAGUUUGACGACAAUAUUUUGCAAAAUGUAAGGAGUGGCUUCGCAGUGUUACGAUCAGAUGCUAGUUUAUACGAAGAUGUGGAGACGAGGAAUAUUGUGGAUUCCUACUUUGGGAUUUUUAGCCCAUUUUUUGGGACAUCUUUUGAAGAUGAUUUUGCUAAUGCAAUGGUGAAAAUGGGCAGAAUUGAUGUGCUCACUGGAUUAAAAGGGAGAAUUAGACGUCAAUGUUCCACAUUUUGAUUGCAUUGUUAAUUCUAAUUACUCCUCGAGUAUUUGCUUACAACAUUUUACUUUUGUUGCUAGAGUGGGUUACAGUCCCACAUUGGCUGGAAAAUGAAUCGGUGCUUGUAUGGACUUGGACAAUUACCCUCAUGAGCUAAUUGUUGAGGGUUGAGUUUGACAUAAAUGUAUAUCUUACCGUUUUUAUUUUUGA